GAGGAUUCUUUUGCAUUUCAAUGAGGCUGCUAAUUCUGGAUCUGUGGGGGAAAGUUUUAUAGAGUAAUUUUGCUUUACGAGUACAAUCCCGAGUUUGUUGAUCUUCAGCUCCCAGAAUGCAGGGGAGGAGAGUGACAUUUGUGUUUGUGGAAGCUACCAGUAGUGGGCUUGCCAUUGGAGAUCAUACAUUUGGGAAUGCCAGUGGGAAAACUUCUAAAAGUUUUAAGAGUCCUGAAGGGUUGUUUCAUAAUGCAGCAAAGGAUCCUGGGGGGCAUUUCCUAUUGUUUAUCCCGCUGGCAAGUUCCUUCCUUCCUUCGUUCCUGUUCUCUGCAUUCUUUUCAGCCCUGCAGAGGGGCCAUUCUCACAGGGGGAAGGCACUAGAGGCUGAUUCUCUGCAAACUGGGAGGGUAAAUCCCUCAUCUUUCCGGCGACAAACAUGGUCGGGAAGGCGGCAAAUACCACCGUGGCCACUACAAUAUACGCAGCAACCACCAAGGAGCCCGAAUCCUGGAUUGAAAGCAUCUUGAAUCGCAUCCCAUUGCCACGAUGGGCCAUAUAUGCUCUGGCUGGUGUGGCUCUAUUCAUCAUCCUUCUCUUUAUUAUCUGCAUUUGUUGUUGCUGCUGCAAAAGUAAGAAAAAAAAGAAGGAGAAAGGAAGAAAAAUCGACGUGGGUAAAGUGCCGGGUGACAUGACCUCGCAGCUGAUACAGCCUGGAGCAGGGAACUCGGAGAAAGGAGAGAAGGUGGAAUAUCGGGGCCGUGUGCAGUACUCACUGGAAUACAAUUUCCAGACGGAGGAGCUCACAGUCAGCAUUAAGCAGGCGGCUUCUCUAAAGGCGAUGGACCUUGGGGGGACCUCUGACCCCUAUGCCAUAGUAUACGUGUCCAAUGAUACUCGGAAAAAAUAUGAGACCAAAGUGAAUCGCAAGACGCUGAAUCCUGUGUUUAAUGAGUCUUUCGUCUUCAAGGUAACGCAAGAAGAGGUCUCAAGGACAACGGCUGUGGUGCAGAUCUAUGACUUCAACCGCUUUUUAAAGCAUGAUGUGAUCGGGGAGAUGACCAUACCACUGGGAGAAGUGAAUCUACAGCAUGUCUUAGAGGACUGGAAAGAACUGGGCCCUCCUGGGAAGACUGAGCAUGAGCACUUGGGAGACAUUUGCUUCUCUUUGAGAUAUGUCCCUAGUAAUGGGAAACUCACAGUCAUCAUUCUAGAGGCAAAGAACCUUAAGAGAAUGGAUUCUGAUGGAUUUUCAGAUCCAUUUGUGAAAGUUCACCUGGCCCUAAACAGGAAAAAAUGGAAACGGAAAAAGACAGCAGUGAAGCCUAGUACUCUGAAGCCAUACUUUAAUGAAUCGUUUACAUUUGAUGUGUCACUGGAACAAAUGAAGAAUGUAGACCUAAUCAUAUCUGUGUGGGAUCAUGACAAAGUGGGAAAGAAUGAACAAAUUGGAAAAUUGUUUUUGGGGUGCCGAGCCUCAGGAAACGCUUUGAACCAUUGGUCCGACAUGCUGGCUCAUCCCAGACGACCUAUGGCACAAUGGCACAAGCUACAGGAGGCACGGGAGGUGGACAAAAUUCUUGACCUCAAAAGGAGCCUAAAACCAUCUCUUCUCAGAAGCUUACCUUAAUAAAUUAAUGUUUUGAAAGGCAUCUUUACCAUACAUGCUGGAUGCUUACUAUAAAGACUGUAUAUGACUGGGAAUGAUGACAACAAAGCUGGGGAACAUACAGUGUGUGAUUCCAUCAGUGAGAGCAGCUCAGGGAGAUACUGGAGGAAAAAGCCCCCAAAUCUGGUCUUCUGUGAGCCUCCCUUAGGUCUCUGCCUUAGCAAACUGAAGCUGGCCAUACACAGGUAGAUUUAAGAUGCCAAUUUGACCCCUUCAGACAAAGUCAGCAGCUUAUUUCCCCAUGUAUGGGCCCUCCCUGAUAUAUAUCUAUUAUGCAGGUCUGAAAAUUCCAUCAAGGAAAGGACCAAAUCAAUGUGUUGAUGGGAACUUGCAUUGACCUCAAUUAUACAUGAUACAAUUGUUGGCCUGGGGUCCAAAUGAUUCUAUCAACCCGAUUGGGCCCAGCACAAAGGUGUCCAUAUUGGGCAAAGAUGUGCUCAUUUCUAAAACCUCAUCAAACGUGGAUCUUCAAGUGUAUGGCCAGCUUAAGAGAUGGACGAGGAUGCUCCAGUAAAUAUCAAGUCUAACGAAGCUACAUUUGUCAUUUUGCUGUUAUCAAAGGAGAUUACUAGGCAGUCUUGGCUUGCCCUUAUUACACAUUAAUGAAAUAUUAGAAGAGUAGACAUUAGUAAUGUGUGAUUUGGCAUAUAGACAACCCAAGCCCAACCCUUACCUACUCACUGUCAACCCAGCCCCAGCAUGACUAGAUGUUCCCUCUUGAUUUGUGAACUCACGUCAAAAUGGCUCCAUUCAGAGAUGGGUGGAGUAUUGCAGGCAAGUUGGUGGCAGAGUUGGGACAGGGACAGUGUCUCCAGAGCAGAGAGUUGGGUUUUAGCAGUUAUGCCACUAAAUUAGCAAUUUGAAGUCAUAAUAAUGGCCAACCCUUGGUAAAACUGCAUUUAUUGGGCUGACUUGGGCACCACUAGUAGCAACAGUGCUGUCUAAUGCUUCAGUGCUUUGUUUCAUGCAAUUAUUGCCAAGGGAAUUGAACAUCAUUAAACAUCAUUAUAUCUACCCCAUCUUUUAAUUGCAAUGCAAUACAUGCUACCUAAACAAUAUCUCCCAUAACAACACAUUAACUGAUGUUCCACUUGUAGCAAUGGUUUUGAUUAAAGGAUCCCCUAUUGAGUUGGGGGAAGCAAAAAAGGGUUUACAUCCCGUUUAGUUGUCUCUUUUACCCUUUAUUCUCUUUUGUGAAUCAAAAAGUAGCAGCUCACAUCAUGAACAGGAAAGAGCUGAUGUGUUAAUGUAGAUGCCACAACCUCAGCAAACAAAGAGAGCAGCCUUGUGUUAUUUAAAUUAUGAUAAAUCUGUGAUUGUAAAUGUUCUGUACGUUUGAUUUUCCUUUCAUUCUCCUGUAUAAUGUUAGAUAAAUAAAUAUACAUUUGUGUGUUUAUCUUUA